AUGGUGGUUCCUCUUCCAAACGGAGAUGUGGAUGUCUCAAUGCUGAAGGAUGCAGUUCAGUUGGUUAAUGGUAGAUUUGAGACUGAGGUAAUUGGUGUUUUUAUGAGAAUGGCGCAUGCCCAUCUAAUCAAUUUGAGACUGAGAGUUGGCUCUUACUGGUUUGGUACCAAAACCACAAAGCAAGCAUCACAACAGCUUUUGCCUUUUGCCAUCCAAGCGAUUCAAGAAAAUAAUUCCGAGCUAACAAAGGAAGCGACGGAUUUGUUCAUCUGGUGUUUGACUCAGAAUGCUGAGUGCUAUAAACAGUGGGAAAAACUCUAUGUAGAGAAUGUUGGUGCGACAAUUAUUGUUCUUCGGAAACUCUCCACUGAGUGGCUAAAUUACUCGGCCAAAAUUUCCCCCGACACUCUCAAAGUAACACUUAAGCAUUUGAGGGCUAAAAAUGAAGAUUCCCUGUCAAGAAACACAGACCCCAGCCAAGUAGCAUCCAUCAAAGAAGCUGACAAGUACUGCAAGACAAUUUUGAUGAAGUUAACACGUAAUUUUGGCUGCAUGAAGGGUAGUGUUUUGGUGCUUAUGCUGGGAAUUGGUCUCUUUUUCACUCUUUCACCGAAUGCCGAGUUAAUUAACUGGGAGAACAUCAAUUGGGAGAAAUUUUAG